UCAGCAGAUGGCGAUGAGCGUCUUUCAGGUGACUCUUCUUGCGUGACGUAUAAUGGACUGGACGGACGCUUCUUCAGGAACAACAAGGCGCCAACUCUUUCAGCCACGUCGGUAGCUUGCUAGCCAACAUAAAACUGAAAGUUUCACGUUUUAGACCAUGUUAAUGUACAUUAGCUAAUCUCAGUGUUUUAAACAAGUUUCGGUUGACGUAUCAACUGGUUCAAUUUGCAAACGUGUUAAAGAUUGAUACUGAGCCUAGCACGAGGCUAGUCGCUAAUGCUAGCUAGCUAGCUAACAUCCCUGACCAUGAGCUCACUAAACUACUCCUCCCUUGCUAAUGAAGAGGGGGUCGGCUGUAUGGAGAAAGCAUCUUUCAGAAUGAAAAAGGAGGAAGAGGAGGCUGUUAUAGUGAUAGAAGAGGAAGAACCGUUUAGAGAGGAAGAUGAUGCUAUCUCAAUAAAGGUGAAGGAGGAAGACGUUUUGGGAGUGAAAGAGGAAGAGACAGAAUAUCAGAUGAACACCAGAGAGAGACAUGACUAUGGUGGAUCCUCUGGGGAGCUUCAACAACAUCCUGAUGCUGACGAGGAAGAGAAGAGUCUCUCCAGAUCAGAACACCAGAUGGACAACGCUAGCCCUUCCUCCCUCCUGGAGUCCCUGUGUCGUGCCUCUCCCGGUAGCACCUUACUGCUGGGUAUGAAGAGGUUGUCUGUGCUGCUGGUGGACUGCAGGAAAACAACGGGGCUGAGUGGAACUGUGAGAGGAGGAGAAGAGAUGAAAGGAUCAGAUUUGACUCAUCAAAGAGAAAUACCAGACUCAGAGGAACCAGAGCCAGGGACGUCCAAACCAGGAAGACGACACCAGUGCUCCCAGUGUGAAAAGAGUUUUAACCACAUACGUAACCUGAAAACACAUAAGACAAUACACACAGGGGAGAAGCCUUACCACUGCUCCCAGUGUGGAACGGGUUGUAACCGGUUAAGGGACCUGAAACAACACGAGAGAAUACACACAGGGGAGAAGCCUUACCACUGCUCCCGGUGUGGAAAGAGUUUUACCCAGUUAUGUAACCUGAAAACACAUGAGCGUAUACACACAGGGGAGAAGCGUUACCACUGCUCCCAGUGUGGAAAGAGUUAUACAACAUUUGGGAGCCUGAAAAUACAUGAGAGAAUACAUACAGGAGAAAAGCUGUACCACUGCUCCCAGUGUGGAAAGAGUUUUAACCAGAAAGGAUACCUGAAACAACAUGCGAGAAUACACACAGGGGAGAAGCCUUACCACUGCUCCCAGUGUGGAAAGAGUUUUAACCAGAAAGCCCACCUGAACCAACAUGAGAGAAUACACACAGGGGAGAAGCCUCACCACGGCUCCCAGUUUGAAACGGGUUUUAACAAGUUACGGGACCUGAAACGACAUGAGAGAAUACAGACAGGGGAGAAGCCUCACCACUGCUCCCAGUGUGGAAAGAGUUUUACAAUGUUGGGGAGCCUGAAAAUACAUGAGCGGAUGCAUACAGGAGAAAAGCCGUACCACUGCUCCCAUUGUGGAACGAGUUUUACCCACUUAAGUAACCUGAAAACACACAAUAGAAUACACACAGGGGAGAAGCCUUACAACUGCUCCCAGUGUAGAAAGAGUUUUACCCACCUGUGUAACCUGAAGACUCAUGAACGAAUACACACAGGGGAGAAGCCUUACCACUGCUCCCAUUGUGAAAAGAGUUUUACAGAGUUAGGUAACAUGAGAAAACAUGAGAUAAAACACAGAGGAGAUCAAGAUGUUGGCUUCUGAACAGUAUGACAUCGGGAAGAUGAAUGCUUCUGAACAGUGGGACAGAUAAAGGUCCAAUACAUGGUGGGUCAGUAGUCCCCAGAGACUCUGAAUGUGUCUUGACUUUCCAGUGUUUUCCGUACUGCAUGUAUUAUAGUGGAUUGUGUUUGUUUGCUGACGUCACAACAUAAAUGUCCAUGUAAAUGGACAAAAGUAUAUCA